UCUCCCAGGAGAUCGGCAGCACGGCUUUCUGCUGCACUCACGUUUUUUCAUUUGUUGUGAUUGAAUUAGCACAAAUUCUAGCAGCAAAAAGCCCCGCAGUCCUUUCUAUUCUGCUCUGUGUUCACCACACGGGGUAAAAUAAUCAGAUAGGCAUGAACUUUGACAAUGGAUUUAGGGCCGAUAACAAACGCGCCCUGCGUGUGGCACCUUUGGAAUUGGCUGCUCCACAAUCACCCAUGAUCAUCUACUCACGCUUAUCUCCCCAAAUCUGUGCUAACGAUAACAGACAGUUACAACAUGGAGAGUUAGAGCUGCUCCGUGAGCACGUUUCCUUGCAAAAUGAACAAUAACGUGUCUCCUUUAAAGUUCUAUAUUGCGUGUUUUCUUUUGAACUCUAAAUGAAUAAAUAGUUUUUAAAGUGUUGGUCAUGUGAGGCUCUAAUACAAACACAGGGAACGAUGGAGAGGGCACAUCGUACCUCCCACUCGCCUCCAUGUUUACAUCCUCUCCUCCCAAAGCAAGCGUUCAGCAUCACCAGGGAAGUUGGGUAUUUAAGUCGGGCUCCAUACAGCGACUACAGCAUGAAGGCGGUGCAUUGUUGUAGCAUGAGGCAGGUUUUGGUGCUUCAGCUCACACUUGUGUCUGCUGCCGCCGCUGCCGCUGCUGCUGUCAUUAAUAACAGCACAAAUGGGUCUCAACCUCACAAGCUGCUCAUUGGCUUCCAGGCUCCCGGGAACCUGUCCUUUCCCUUCAGCGCCCGGCGUCUGGGCUCGGCCGUGCAGAUCGCCGUGGAGAAGGUGAACGCCAAUCCCUCCUUCCUGGGGAACUACAGUCUGGAUUUUGUGUACACGGACACGGGCUGUGAUCCCAAAGUUUCCCUGGGAGGAUUCAUCAAGCAGGUGUGGAAGGAGAACGUGUCCGCACUGUUCGGUCCAGCCUGUCCUGAAGAAGCUGAGGUCACUGGUCUCAUAGCAUCGACAUGGAACAUCCCUGUGUUCGGCUUCGUGGGACAGUCCUCCAAAAUGGACAACAGGGACGUCUACGACUCCUACAUCAAAGUUGUGCCGCCCCUGAAGAGGAGCUCGGAGGUGCUGGUGAAGACGCUGCAGUUCUUCGGGUGGAGCCACGUGGCGCUGAUCGGAGGCGGGCCGGAGUCCAACACCUGGGACAAAGUUGACGCCCUGUGGAAAACGGUGGAGGCUCCGCUGAGAGACGCGUUCACGCUGACGGCAGCCAUCAAGUUUGACACCAGCAGCGCUGAGCUCCUGUCCCAGAACGUGAAGCACGUCUCAACAGUAGCCAGAGUGAUCGUGGUGCUGACCAACAGAGAGGAUGCGGUGGCUCUGCUGCUGGAAGCGGAGAGACAGGGCCUGAUGAGGGGCGACUACAUCUUCUUCCUGGUGCAGCAUUUUGAGGUCAGUGGCAGCAUGGACAACUUGUGGAAAUACUCCCUGAGCGACCGGAUCAACAAGGCCGCCAUACGGGCGUUCGACAUGGCCUUUAUUAUCGGCCAGAAGUCCUACGAUGGCUACGAGUACUAUGACUUCUUCGAGCAGGUCUUUGAGAAGCUGAAAGGAGAGCCCUUCAGGAGCAACCUGACCUCUGAAAAAGAGAUUAGCCCCUACUCUGCCUACCUGCACGACGCCGUGCUCCUCUACGCUAUGGGACUGAAGGAAGUGCUAAAAGACGGCAAAGACCCGCACGAUGGACGGGAGCUGCUGAAGAGACUGAGGAAUAGAAACAACUUUAAAUUCUACGGCGCCUCUGGUCUGGUUCACUUCGACAAAGACGGGGAGAGAAACGUGGACUAUUCGGUCUACGACCUGCAGCACACGGGCAACGUCACCAAGUUUGUGCCCAUCCUCCACUUUGAGAGUCACACCAAAAACAUCCGGCCAACGUCCAUGUUCGGCUCCGUGUUCUGGCCCAAAGGCCGGCCUCCGUCCGACCGGCCCGAGUGCGGCUUCAACAACGAGCUCUGCGAGUGGCUGAUAAACGACAUCGCCCUGCUGGCCCUCCUCGUGACCCUGCCCAUCAUCGGCGUGCUUGGAGUCCUGUGCAUCGGGGUCCUCAUCCGGCAGAACUUUCGGCUCCAGACGCGACUGGACGACUCGUGCUGGUGGCUCAUCAACUACAGCGACAUCGCCAUCAUCAGAGAGGCCCCGGGAAUCCAGGGCGUGUCUGUGAGUACGGCGUGCAGCCAGAGCGAGAGCGGCGGGUCUCAGUCCAUCUUCUCCAGCAACAGUUACGGCCUGAGGGACAAAGAGCACAUCUACACCACAAUAGGCCUCUACCAGGGGAAUCAAGUGGCUAUAAAAUACAUGAAGAACCACAUUGGCUGUAAUUUCCAGAAGCCUUCAAUAAUCGCAGAGUUCAGUGCGAUGAAGGAGAUGAAGCAUGAGAACUUGGUGCAGUUCUUCGGCGUGUGCAUCGAGCCCCCGAACGUGUGCCUGGUCAUGCAGUACUGCAAGAAAGGAAGUCUGAAGGAUGUUAUGAGGACAUCCGAUGUUGAACUGGAUGGGAUGUUUAAGCUGUCUUUUGCCUAUGACAUCAUCAACGGAAUGGAGUUCAUUCACAAAAGCAGCAUGAAGUUCCACGGGAACAUGAAGCCCAGCACGUGUCUGGUGGACAGUCGGCUCCAGGUCAAACUCUCCGGUUUCGGACUGUGGGAGUUCAAGUACGGGAGCAGGAACAGGCUGACCCCCCUGGAAAGCCCCGACUAUGAAGAGAUGUACUGGACGGCUCCGGAGCUGCUGAGACACGUCGGCGUCUCGGUCAACGGGACGCCCAAGGCCGACAUCUACAGCUUCGCCAUCAUCAUGUGGGAGCUCAUGUACAACUCCAAGGCCGGUCCAUAUCACGACAUCAACCUAGAGCCCAAAGAGAUCAUAAUGCAGCUGCGGACACCGUUCCAGGGGGAACCCCUGCGACCCGUGCUCUCCGAGCAGCUCUGCGAGGAGAACAUCAACGCGCUGCUGAAGGCCUGCUGGAGCGAGAACCCCGACCACCGACCGCCUCUGGGCUCCAUACGGAGGCUGCUGAAGAACACCAGCUCAGACGGUCACGCUAACAUACUGGACAACAUGGUGGACAAGUUGGAGAAAUACGCAAAUCACCUGGAGGAGGUGGUGGAGGAGCGGACCAACCAGCUGACGGUGGAGAAGGCCCGCGCAGACAAGCUUCUGUCCAGCAUGCUGCCCAGGUACGUCGCGGAGGAGCUGAUGGCCGGGAAGUCUGUGGAGCCGCAAAGCUACGAGCUGGUCACCAUCUUUUUCUGCGACAUAGUCGGCUUCACGUCCAUGUGCUCCGUCAGCUCGGCCAUGGAGGUCGUCACCUUCCUCAAUGACCUCUACAACCUGUUUGAUGACAUCAUCAAGCUCUACGACGUCUACAAAGUGGAAACCAUCGGCGACGCCUACAUGGUGGCCAGCGGCCUUCCGCUCAGCAACGGCACCGAGCACGCUCUGGAGAUCUCCACCAUGGCGCUGCACUUCCUCAGCUCCAUCAGGGUUUUCAAAAUACGCCACAUGCCCAAUAAGAGCCUGGCGAUUCGCAUCGGGAUUCACUCAGGUCCGGUGGUGGCCGGGGUGGUGGGCACCACCAUGCCGCGCUACUGCCUGUUUGGAGACACCGUCAACACGGCCUCUCGGAUGGAGAGCAACAGCCUACCCCUCAAGAUCCACAUAUCUCAGUCCACUGCAGACAUUCUUUUCCAGGACGGAUCAUUUGAGCUGGAGGAACGGGGGGAAAUCGAGAUGAAGGGCAAAGGCUUCCAUAAGACCUACUGGCUGCUGGACAAAAGUGGCUUUAAUCCUCCUCCUGUUACUCACAGCUCUCCACCAGCCGCUACAGAGAAAACAGGAAUGAUAAGAGGUGCAGACAAAAAGGCCCAGAAGCCCCAGAUCAAAGCUGCAGCGACUGAUGCCAUGCUUCCAACAGCGAAGAUGUGAAGGACUCUGCACUAAUCAACACGCGUCGGUGAUGCAGAGCCUGGAUUACAACACUUACGUCACCGGUCUCUCACUAAAGAGAUGUUUAAAUAUCCUCAUUAUGAUGCUUACAGUCACCAGGCGUCCUAUUUGUGGUUGACCUGCAAACUAAUUUUCAAAAUAAAAUGUUUACUAUUUAUUAAAUGUCAAAAGCGUUGGUGUAAAAAAAACUUAUUUCCCUCUUAUUUAUAUUAAAACA